AUGAAUUUUAAUGUCUGGAAUAUCAAAGAGAUGCUCAGUAUUCCCUCAGGCUCUGGGGCCACUAAGUCAUCUAACUGGAAUAAUAAUCAGACUGAUUACUCUAGUCUCAGUGAUUCCCAGUUCCUUUUUGGAUCCCAGUUCUGUCCAGAAAGUUCAGAGACCCCGUCAACACCCUUGGACUUUGGUGUCCACCUGAGACAUCCAAAACAGUCACAACAGAAUUCUCUGGAUAGUGAACCUAGUAUUUUCACAAAGUACCAAACAAAACCCCAGCUGUUUGGAAGAGAUACAAAAGAUGGAGGCUUAUUUCCUCUUCCUUUGUCAGUUGGAAAAUCAAAAGGCCUCUUGGAACAGUUUGAGGAGAAAAAGAAAAGUGCAAAAGACAAAUGUGACAGUGAGACUCUAUACAAUUUCAUUUCCCAUAUCAAAGAAAGCAUUAACAGGUUACAGACAUCUGUGGAAAAAUCUGAGGAACAUCUCAGUUCCAGAAGCCAAUCUAUUUGGGAUUCUUUGGAAACUGUGGCCAAGACAUUGCGAGAGACCACGAAGGCCCAGAGUGAUCUGGUAUUGGAAACAGUGCGGGACAAAUGCAACAUGGAACAGGCCAUCCUUGAGUUGCAAAAGAGAUUUGAAGGUAGACAAGCAGAGUUUAUAGAAAUGAAGUCCAACCUGAAGCACCUUGAAGUUUUAGUUGCUCAGCAGAGUAAGGACUUCCAGCAGCUGUGUGAGCAGCUAGGCCAGCUGAAUAUGCCCAGUGUCCUAGCAGAGCUAAAUCAAUUGAUCUCUGUCCCUCGGAUACCCAGACAUGUGAAGGACAGUGCUUCUCAGACUUCACCACCUCUGGCCCAGAGCCUCAGUUUCACCAUGCAGGAGAAAUAUGCCUCUGAGGAACCAGUUAUGUGGCAGGCCCAGGCCCUCCCUGCUGCAUGCAAUCUUAGUGUGGGCUCCUUGAGGCCUGGGGAGUCUGGCGUCUGGGGUGAGGGAGCAAAGAGUAGUGCUCUCCAAGAAGAGGCUGUGCCGCUGGCAGUUGGAACUGGCAAAAGAAACAGGCAAAUCAAGGACAAGGCAGUGCAGACUAACUGCCAGAAUUGUGCUAUUACUAAAACAGGCUCUGAGAACCAUGGCUCUGGCGUCCUGGGCCACAAGAUUCCUGAAGACAGGGACCUGGUUUCCCAAGGAGCUUCGCGGCUUAUAUCCCUGGAUUUAAACAACUUUGCAAACAGCAUUAAGAACAACUGCCAAAAAUGUCAAGCCAAAGGCAUGUUUUCGUGUAACCCUUGUGAACAAAGGUUGGUGACUGAACAGAAAGGCAGAACUGUAGAAAGAGGGGGGAAAGGCAAGAAGCAGCAUCCCAGGAAAGCCCCCAGAAGCAGGCUUCUAGCCAGGAAGCAAGAACAAACCCCAAGCAAAACCUGUGCUUCCAAUUCUAAAUAUCCUCACCCUUCAGUUUCCAUCCCACAAAGGCCCCCGCUGGGGCGGCAGGAACCCCUUGCUCAGCCCCUGCAUCUUCAGGGCCCCAGGAGCCCCACAAAACCAGUCUGCUCUGCUCUGAGAGGAACAGUCAUGCCCAGUAAGACAGCAAGGGCAGUGCAAGGGAAUCUCUUGCAGUACAGUGGGCAUGCUUCCCAAGACAACAGCCUGCUUUCUCACAGUUCCCAGGGGGACCAACAGAUGAGCUGGUUCAGUGACCUCAACGUUGGAAAAGAGCCCCCUCAGUGCAAGGAGCCAGGGAAGAAUAUGCUCUAUGACCUGGGUUUUGAUAGCAGUGAUGAUGGCUUCUGA